AUGGUGAAAUCAAGGGAUGAAGCUACGCGUGAUCUGGUUCUGGAAUCGGGGGUGAUUCACUUUGAUAAGAAGCCUGUAGUUCUUUGGCCCUGGACGACAGACAUUGAUUCAUUAAAGUCAGUAAAAUCAGUGCCAGUGUGGAUCCGAGUACCUGACCUUGGUUUACAAUAUUGGGGAGUGAAUUGCUUAAAUGCUCUUGUGAGUACAAUAGGUAAGCCUAUAAGGAUAGAUAAGAUAACCAAAGAUAGAUCUCUGAUUAAGUUUGCUCGUGUUUUGGUGGAUAUGGAGAUAGCUAAAUCUCUACCUCAAUAUAUUAAUUACCUUAAUGAGAGGGGUCAAGUUCUGGAGCAACCUGUUGAGUAUGAAUGGUUACCUACUAAAUGCUCAAAUUUUGGAAUUGGGGCUCUUCUUUCAACAAAAAUCAAGGGAGAGAAAAUUAAGGAUGUUAUGAGUUCUACUUUUGUUGGUUGGGAUUAUUACAGUAGUUUGAGAUUGGAGGGUAUAAUUUUACUGAUUUGGAAGGCUAGUUUGGUUCGUAUUGAAGCUGUCCAAGAAAGUGACCAAUUUUUACAUUGUAGAGUUCGAAUAUGCAAUAGCAAACAUGAUUUUUGUCUUACUAUUGUGUAUGGUUCUAAUCUGUUGGAGGCUAGGAGAAUCCUUUGGUAUGAUUUGGCUCAUUUGCUCUUCCCAAUUAAACCUUGGGUCCUCUUAGGAGAUUCUAAUGCUGUUUUUGACCCUAAUGUCAGAAUGGGUGGGAGGCCAAUCUCAGUGAAAGAAUUAGAGGAUGCUAGGAAGUGGCUUGACCUUGGUUUGGUGGAAGAACUGAAGGUAAUUGGAUCUUAUUACACGUGGUCUAACAAUCAGGAAGGGGGGAACCGCAUAUACGCUAAGUUGGAUAGGGUGUUUUCUAAUGAGGACUGGUUGGAUUAUUUUCCAAGUGUUACUGUUGUCUCUCAUUGGGAGGCCAAAUCCAAUCUUUACAAUGACCCAAAUAAUAGCUGUUUGAAUGCUGCAGAAAGAGAAGCUUUCCUGGAAAUUAGUAAACAGGAGAAGCUCUAUGCUAGUUUUCUUUCUCAAAAGAGCAAAAUUGAUUGGCUUCGUUUUGGUGAUGAAAAUUCCUCUUUUUUUCAUGCUAGUCUGAAGAAAAGGAAAGUCGCCAAUAGGAUUGUGUCUUUUAUCUCUGGUGAAGCUUCAGGUAGCAUUGACCCUCACACUAUUGCUCUUGGCCCGGUUUUGGAUCUUGAUGCCCAAUUGGAGUUAAUCAAACUGUUCUCCUCUCAAGAAGUUAAAGCUGCUCUGUUUAGUAUUCAACCUAUAAAGAGCCCUGGUCCUGAUGGCUAUGGGGCUGGAUUCUUCAAAGCUUUAUGGAAGCAUAUAGGCAAGGAGGUGUCCCAGGCAGUGCUUGAUUUUUUUUAUUCUAGGUAUAUUCCUAAAUUUCUGAAUAAUACUAUCAUAGCUCUCAUUCCUAAGGUGGAUCAUCCAGGAGCUUUUAUAAAGCACAGAUCGUUUGCUUAUAAUGUCCUCAUUCUUCAAGACUUGAUAAAGGGUUACAAUAGGAAAAAUAGUUCUCCUCGGUGCAUGAUGAAGAUUGACAUUAGUAAAGCUUACGAUUCUAUUGAUUGGGAUUUCUUGGAGAACCUAUUGAAAGCUCUUUGUUUUCCUAGUCACUUUAUUAGAUGGAUCAUGGUUUGUUUGAGAGCCUCUAAGGAGAAAGAUUUCAAAUUUCAUCCUCUUUGCAAAUCUCUAAGUCUUAUUAGUCUCAGUUUUGCUGAUGAUUUACUGCUAUUUUGUAAAGCUAAUACUGCUUCAGUUCAGAUCAUUCAAAGAGCUUUUGAGGGUUUUUCUUCUUCCUUGGGUUUGAUAAUCAACAAUCAUAAGUCUCGUAUCUACUUUGGUGGAGUGUCUACUACUGUUAAAGCUUCUAUUCUGGAGAUAUCUCAGCUGGUUGAAGGAUUCUUCCCUCUGACAUACCUUGGAGUUUCUUUGAGACCAACAAAGUGGAAGGCAAUUGACUGUGAUAUCAUUCUCAAGAAGAUCAGGUUGAGGCUGCGUGUCUGGGCUAGUAGACAUCUAUCUUAUGCAGGUCGGGUUCAACUAGUGCACUCAGUUUUGAUGGGGAUUCAUAAUUAUUGGAUGAGCAUUUUUCUGUUACCUCAAGGUGUUAUUAGAGACAUUGAUCGUCUUUGUAGGAACUUUCUUUGGGGAGAGAAGGGUUCCCGGAGAAAACUUCAUCUUACCUCUUGGGAGCAAAUUUAUCAUGUGGCAAGCUAUAAACCAGAAGCUGCUCAUAAUGGAUCUUCUUCUCCUAUUCCUUGUUUGAACUGUCCGAAAAAGAAACACGAACCAGAGCUCUUAUCUUUGCAUGUUCUCCAAACCGAAGAAGCAAAUCUAUACCACUACCUUCAGCUCCGUGGGAUCAUUCCUGCUUCACCUUCUCCAGUCGAAAAUCUUCUUGUUCCCGCAAGCAAAUUUGUGUAA